CUGAACACAUGGUUUCAGACGGAAGUAGAGUUUCUUCUAACAGGGACUUGACCUCCUGAAGCGCUUAAUAUGUAUACCAGUUCAAUGUAAUAGCGUAAGCUGAAAGGUUUUGUUUGUUUUUUGGAGGCGUACAGUCGUUCUAAUGGAUCCUAAUCUGCUGUAUUGGAAACACGAGGGACAGUCUUUUGUCAGUCGACUGCGGAUCUGGUUUAAUCUCCUUGAUCCGUCUACCCUGCUUUCCUCUGAUACUGAAAUACAGAAGGCCUACGCUCUUCUUGGAAGGGGAGAGAAACUCAAUGAAGAGGAUGGACAUGCACUGAACCUCUCACUAUCUUCUGUCCACGCUGAUACUGGAGAUAGCCUCCCACUAGUUUUCCGUCCUCCAGCAUUCCUGCCAAUGUUGGUUCCUCUGGUGGUUGCCAGUUUUUUGCCACACAGCGGUGUCAAACCAGCUCUUUUUUGGCAGUUUAUGCUGCAAAGUUACACGGCAGGGUUUAACCAUGCAAACAGAAACUCAUCAUCAGAGCAGGGUAAGAAGACGUCUUUAAAGCAGCUUCUGUUACUUGCUGGAACAGUUUCCUAUGCAACAUGUGCAGGGGCGCUCCCUCAAAUUUUCAUAAACAGACUUGGCAUAAGAAGUGCAUCACUCCAGACAUUCUUUAGGUCAAUACUACCAAUCCCACUAUCAGCUGCUCUGGCCUUCUUCAGUGUGUCCACUAUCAGAAGUGAGGAGUCAGAAACUGGGAUCCAAGUGUUUGAUUCCAAAGGAAGUCCAGUUGGCCUCUCCAAAGCAGCCGGACAAAAGGCUGUGAGGGAAACGGCAUUGUCGAGAGCAGCACUGUUAGGCUCAACCGCUGCUAUUCCUAACCUUCUGGUUUUGCUUUUAAAAAGAACAAAAGUUUUCAAGAGAAAUACUCUGCUGGCAGUUCCUGUUCGCCAUAUGAGUGUUGCAUUUGUUCUGGGCUUGAUGAUUCCCAUCUCAUUUAGUCUAUUUCCACAACUGGGAAAGAUAAGGAAGGAAAAUGUUGAAGAGGAACUGAAGGCUGCAGCGGUUGAUGGACAGUUAUAUUACCAUAGAGGACUCUGAAUUGUUGCUUUAUAUGGUAGAAAACAUGCUAUUAGUGGAUAGCCUCACAACUACUGUCUCAACAUCAUGCAGCUUAAAAGUAGAAGAAUGCAACAGUCUCAAAAAUCAGCCACUUCUCAGUUUCCAUGUAAAAAGAAUGUGUGUAAAACAUCAAAAUAAGUGAAAAGCUUCUUUCAUAGUAAAUUUAUUAAAUUGAAUAUUAGAUA